AUGAGGCCAGCAUCCGCGUCCGGCAACGGCGAGAUGGCCGAUCCUGCGGACGCUAAGGUCACGUCUAAGGUGUUUUUUGACGUCACUAUCGGCGGCGAGACUGCUGGCAAGAUCGUCAUUGGGCUUUUCGGAGACGACUUGCCUAAGACGGUCAGGAACUUUGAAGCUUUGGCGACAGGGGAGGAGGGUUUCGGCUUUAGAGAUAGUAUUGUACAUCGCAGUAUUAAGGGAUUCAUGGCACAGGGCGGUGAUUUUACGAAAGCGAAUGGCACCGGCGGCAAGUCCAUAUACGGCGGUAAUUUCAAGGAUGAGGGUUUCAAGUUUUCUCAUACUUCGGCUGGUCUAUUGAGCAUGGCUAAUGCUGGGCCCGACACCAAUGGUUCACAGUUUUUCAUCACAUAUGCGAAAACGCCGUGGCUCGACGGUAAGCACGUACUGUUCGGGCGUGUCAUCGAAGGCAUGGAGACUCUCCGCAAAAUCGAGUCCACCAAGACGGGCGCCCGGGACAUGCCCGUAUCUCAGGUGAAGUUUACCAACACCGGGAUUGUUGAAGAGUGAUUAUGAUGAAUGCAAAUGCAGUUUCAACUUGCGGAGGGCAGCGUUCCACAGCGGACACCAAAUGCGAACAGAGACUCAUAUGUAUCGCAACGGAACAUAUGAAGACGUUGCGUGUGUAUGGUUUUAUAGGAGUCUGGUGUCUCCAUCGCGGAUUUUCCUCACGGAGAGCGGAAAGGAAUUAGGUUUUCUAUAAAAAUAAAUUCUUCCCCGUUCCCUUACA